AUGUCCCCUCCGCCACUGUCAUUCACCAAUUCAUCAUCGGCAAAGAAAAGCAUACUCCGCCUGAUUUCCGACCGCUCCAGACGGCCACGGCAAGUGCUCCCAGAAGACCACGUCCAGGGAAUACAUUCUCUCAAUGAAGCUAUCAUGGUGAUGGCGUCGAUGAUUUCUGAGACCCUCCCAAAAUUCACGGCUGAAACCCUAAAGCUUGCGGCGAAGCAAUCUGAACGAUGCCGCGUGAUUCCAGUCCAUCUCCGCCGCGCCAUCGACAGGUAUCUUAAAGAGCAACAAGUUGAGCACAUGAGGAGGAAAGUGUUGUGCUUGUCCCAAUCAUUCAAUGGAAUCAAGGAAGUGAAUUUGCUCUUGCCGAGCUCGACCUCAAAGGAGCUCGUGGAAGAUCCAUUCAAAUCCAUGGAGCGCUCACAGAGGUGGAAAGUCAAGACUGCUUAUGGAGACAUUGGUCUUAAAUACCAAGAGGAGCAGGCGGUAGCAUAUGUUGCAGCUCGUAUGCCUGCAGUCUACUCGGCUCUCUAUCGUGUGCUCAAUGAGGUCAGAAGAAGAGUUCCAGAUUUUACUCCAGCAAAAGUGCUAGAUUUCGGGGCUGGAACUGGUUCAGCAUUAUGGGCAAUCAUGGAGGUGUGGCCUGGGUCUUUGGAGCACAUUAAUUUGGUCGAACCAUCACAAUCGAUGCAAAGAGCAGGACAAAGCCUAGUGAAAGAUAUAGAAAAAAUGCCAAUAAUUCAAAGCUACGACAGCAUCCAAUCAUUGACUAAGCAUAUCAACAAAUCUGGCAGACAGCAUGAUCUGGUCAUUGCUUCAUACGUACUUGGAGAGAUAUCAUCGUUGAAGGACAGAAUUACUCUUGUGCGCCAACUUUGGGAUCUUACAGAUGACAUUUUGGUUUUGGUAGAGCCUGGAACACCUCAAGGAUCAAAUAUAAUAUCUCAAAUGCGAUCACACAUCUUAUGGAUGGAAAAGAGGAGAAGCCGCAAAUUACAGAAUGCAGCGAAUAAAGCCUCUAAGGAUUUGAUGACCCUUAAAACUGGUUCAUUUGUUGUUGCUCCUUGUCCCCAUGAUGGACCUUGCCCAUUACAGAAUACAGACAAAUACUGUCAUUUUGUUCAACGUUUGGAGAGGACACCAUCUCAACGGUCGUUCAAGCCGUCAAAGGGUCCAUUACGUGGAUUUGAAGAUGAAAAGUUUUGUUAUGUUGCUUUGAGAAGAGGCACAAGACCAAGAGAGCCUUGGCCACUUGAUGGUAUGAAAUUUGACACGUUGAAAGAAGUACAGGCUAAGCGAACACCUGAAGACUUGGAGAUUGAUAUGGAGAGCCAAUUUGAUGCCGAAGACGAUAUUACGGCCACCAAAAAUGAUGAUGAUAAUGCAGAUGAAGAAGCAGAAGAUGGUGAUGGUGGUGAUUAUGAGGAUGAUGAGAAGGAUGAAAGCCCUAGAGCUGAUCUGGGCAGUGGGUGGGGAAGGAUUAUUUACAUGCCCUUUAGGAGGGGCAAACGAGUCGAGAUGGAUGUGUGCCGAGCCACAAAUGAGGAGGGCACACAAGGCUCUUUUGACCGCGUGGUGGUUACACAGAGUAAGAACCCUGAUCUGCAUCAUCAGGCCCGUCGAUCUCUUUGGGGUGACUUGUGGCCGCUUAGGAGUGGAAAAGUUUCCAAAUUCCAUCUUUAG